AUGCUGGGCAGGGUCAUCUUCUGCGUGGUGAUCGCCGCGGCCAUCCUCGCCGUCGUCCUGCUCGCCACCGUCUCCCCUGUCCCUCACCGGUCCGCCGGCCGCGACAAGUCCUCCCAGGGCGUCCGAGCUAUCACGGUGUACAUCCAUCCGGCGGCGUCAGCUGGAACCGUGAGGCAGCAGCGAGGCGCCGCGCACGAGGACGAAGACCACCAGGUGGCGAGCGCGCUGGUGUUCCGCCACCGGAUGACGGCGGGGCCGGAGAUCACGUCGAGAAGCCUCGGCGCGGCAUCGGGGUUCGUUCUCCCGGGCGAGCGUGGCUCGGCGAUGAUGUCGGUGUUCGACACGGUGCAUCUGGCGUUCGACGCGCCCGGGCUGUCCGGCAGCCUGUGCGUCGAAGCGGCCAGGAGCAAGAAGGGCGACGGGGAGGAGAUGCUCCGUGUGGUGGGUGGCACGGGCGCGUUCGCGUUCGCGCGCGGACACGCCGUCGUGCGCGCCGACCGAGGGCAGCGGCUGCACGGCGGCGGCGCCUCGUCGGCGUUGCGCCUUGAGCUGAGCGUGACGUCCGCGGGGUAA